AACCAAGUCCUGGAAGGCAGCCGUGGUCAGAGGUGGGGUUCUGGAGAGGGUGGGAGGAAAGGAGGUGUGCCUAGAUUUGAGGGAGAUCAAAUUUGGAAGGUAGGCUGCGGUCAGUACACACAGUUACCAUUGAAAACAUUGAUGUCACCAUUAACAUGCUCUCAGAGCUUGAAGACUGUGAAAAAGGUCCGGAGAACUGGCAUGACUUUUAAGUAUGCACCUUGGGUUUGUUUCUCACUUGCAGCCAGGCAGAGCGUCGUCCUCCUCCAGAGGGCGCAGGGAAAAGAAAAAAAAAAAAAAAAAAAAUCAGGCGAUCGCAUUCUGUCUAAUUUUGAGCCGCGCCUUUUGCCGUCCGCCAUCACGUGCCGGCCCGCUGAGGCCGCGUUGAUAGGUGGGGGCGACUGGGCCAGGCGCCGGGGCAGGAAGGGAGGCGGCCGCCGUGCCAUUCUUAAAGGCGCCCGAGUGAAGGCGACAGGCCGCUGACGGCCGGAAGGAAAAUGAGUGAGUCUUUGGUUGUUUGUGAUGUUGCCGAAGAUUUAGUGGAAAAGCUGAGAAAGUUUCGUUUUCGCAAAGAAACGAACAAUGCUGCUAUUAUAAUGAAGAUUGACAAGGAUAAACGCCUGGUGGUACUGGAUGAGGAGCUUGAGGGCAUUUCACCAGAUGAACUUAAAGAUGAACUACCUGAACGACAACCUCGCUUCAUUGUGUAUAGUUAUAAAUAUCAACAUGAUGAUGGAAGAGUUUCAUAUCCUCUGUGCUUUAUUUUCUCCAGUCCUGUUGGAUGUAAGCCUGAACAACAGAUGAUGUAUGCUGGAAGUAAGAAUAAGCUAGUCCAGACAGCUGAACUAACCAAGGUAUUUGAAAUAAGAAAUACCGAAGACCUAACUGAAGAAUGGUUACGUGAGAAACUUGGAUUUUUCCACUAAUGUGAACUUCUGUGUUUCUAAAGUAUUUAUGUAUUAACCUGACCAUACUGGAAUCAGACAUAAAUACUUAUUUAUGCCUAAAAAUGCACUGUUACUUACAGUUUGUUUCCUGCAGUAAAGAAAAAUUCUUCAUUUGUGCAAAAUUUGAACAAAGAGGAAAUCAUCUUCAUACUAAUGAAACUUUGUAAAGUGUUUCCUUAUAUUGGUAAUUGUUAGGUGGACUACUUUUCUCCAGGGACUUUUUGCACUCUUGUGACUAAUUUCUAUAACUUAUGGUUCGGAAUUUGUUACUAUUUACAGACACCAUUGGGAAGUGGAUAUAUUAGAUUGUGAGAGACAACAGUUGCCUCCUUUUGACAAAUACUGGAUAUUAGCAGUUUAUUUAUGAAAAUAGCGUAUUAUCACUUGUCAAAUCAUUGAAAUUCAUUUGGGGUCAAAGACUUGAGUGACCCAGUAUUGAGCCAUGAAUAAUUUAGUGUAACCUGUAUUACAAGUACAUUGAUGAAUUCUGUAUCUUCUUUGGUUUCCUGUAUCUUUUUAAUCAAGUCUAGAAACUAUGUUCAUCAAUCACUCAUUUUUAAGGUCGGGAGUUAGAUUUUAUGAUAGAAUUAUGACUGUUAGCUUUUCUCCUUAUAGCAUCUUAGUCUUAGAAAUUGGUGGGUUGUAAUAAUCAAGGGCUUCAUUCCUUUUAUGUCAUUUCUAGACAGUUUUGAAUCUAGGUUAAUAACACUUUAUUUAUAAAGCACCUCUUAAUGUCCUGUGAACACUAAUUAUUUUAAAUGUGUUAAUACUGUGCCUUUGAUUUGUUAGCUUUAAAGUUAGUUUAAGACUUUUACACUGCCAGUAUUCCAGAUUUGGUGAAAUUAAUACCUUUUUAAAGGGUCCAAAUAAAAUAAUUUUCUAAUGUGUAUAUCUGAAAUUUGUAAUAAAAUCAACUUCAUAUUUUAAAAAUUCCAACUAUCUGCUUGCAUUGGUGAAUAUAUGGCAGUCGAGAGUUAUAAUUUUGGGUAUACUUGUGGUUAGUUUUGUGCCAUAGGAAAAAAUUAUCUUAAAACUUUGGCCAUAGUUAAUAACAUUAACACUUCAAUAGCAAUCACAUCUUAUAUCCUAAAUGUCAGAAGAUAUUCUGAAUUGGAUGCCUGAAUAGUUAACUAAACCAGUCUUGUUAGAUGAUGGUACUGUUGGCAUAAAGCAAGGAUUCUGAUAUUUGGCAUACUUGUAAAAACAAAUACAUAAGUAACCAUUGAACAUUAAUUUGAUAAUAGGUCUAGAGACUCUAAAAACUAACCAAACUUGGUGAGUGUAUUCUUAUAUUAAGAAUAUCUUAGUCAUCUCAAAACUAGCAAAAUUUAAAUUUUGGCAUGUUUUCCAUUCAUAUGUUCUUUGCAUUUUAUUUUUGAGGUUUCUGUGAGAAGUAAAGAUAGUUGGAAUUUUUGCGAUAUUGAAUAGAACAUCUUCUGUUCCCAACACUGUUUGGCUUCACUAAUUUAGAAGUCAGGAAGCAAUAGAAAGUUGGAGAUGAGGAAGUGCUAGAGUAGGUGUUUGUUUUGGUUCUUGGAGGGAAAAGAUUCUUUAUUCCAAUUUCCAGAGAGAAGAGAAAACUCACCCAGGAAGUUUAAAAAUUCUUUAAACAGGUAUUUUGAUAUUGGAGAAUAACAUGCAUAUAAUUCUGUAGGAAUGCACAUGUAAUCCAAGUGAGUGGAGAGUGUUUUUAAUGUUUUUGAAUGAAGGAAAUGAGGUUUUGUUUCACCUGGUUUGCAGCAGUAAGAGAAACUAGUGCUGCAAGAAUGUAUUUUUUAAUGAAGUUCCUUAUUUUGUCUUGCAUGUUUUAGUUUUGCUUAUUUUUAAAUUUGGAGGUCCUCCAUAAUGUCAGAUAAUAUUGACCUGCCAUACAUUAGCACUCUUAGUUCCGCUACUGUCUUUAACAGGAGCAAAGAGCUGUGAUAAACCAUGCUUUUUUGAGCUUGUCUGACUCCUAAUUAAUAACAUGUUUUUGGCAAGACAACAGAUUGAGGUUAGAGGAUCAGUAGGACAUUUUUAUUCCAUCUGUCCUAUGGGGAGAUUUACAAAUCCCGUGCUCUAAAAUGUUCUCAAACAUUUAUAUAGAUUUCCCUUUCAUCUUACUAAAUUUUGCAUUGUUCUUUUCAAGUAUGUUUCGUAUUUACUGUCUUUUUUUCUGCCAUUUCCCAAAUAAUAACUCCAGAUUUCAUAAUUCCAGUUUUUACAUUCCGUUAUCUUUCUGGUACAACCAUUCCCAUUCAGCCUUAAAUCUGAGUCCUUUUUAGCAGCAACUUUUUUCCUGGGAUCCUCCUUUGUGGUCUUCUAAGUCAGUGUUAGUUUUGAAAUUUUUGGCCCUGCAUAAGUUCUGCAUAGCAUCUAAUGUCAAAAUAGAACCAACUGGUAAUCACAGUAUUAUUUAGUGUGGUUUCCAUGACAACAAAAAUACAUAUGAAGAAAACUUCUCAGGUUACUAUGCUGAAAUUCCAAAAUGUCUGAGUUUUGAAUAGUGAUCACUUUGUUCUGGUAUUGACGCAAUUAUAUUAGGAAAAAAGUUGGUUGACUGUUUUUGUUUAAUUGACUUCUAAAAUGUUCAAAUUGUCUAGUUCUAAAAGUUUACUAAAUGCCUAGUGCAGUUAAACAUACUCUUGUUUAAGUGUGUGUUGCUAAAUUUUUUACUGUCAUUACUAAAUAAUCUGUGUGGCAAAAUGUGUGUCAGCACUUUUCCCUCCUUUUUUAUCUCCUAUUUUCAGGAGUCAAAUGUAGCCAUAAACUGUAUCCUUGUCUGACACUUUAGCUAAAAAUUUCCAGUUAGGGGAGUUUAUUGCCAAAUUAAAUUUGGCUGUUUCCCCCCAACCCAUAUAGAUAUUAAGGAAGGUGUACUUAAAAAAUGUUUGGACUGCUUUUAAAACCUGAGCAAUGUCAUUAAUCCAUAUGUGGACUAGUGAUGAAUAGAUAUUUUCAUAAGAGUUUAAAUGCUGAUAUUUGGUGGAAGUAGAGAGUAACUCAUAUUCUAUCAAUUCAAGUAUUCUUACUAUGGUUGCUUUCCCUAUUUGUUCAAUAGACUGAUAAUACUGGAAUUUAUAGAGUUUGAGCCAUUACAACUUUUGUGAGGAUGUGUUUCAAACAUUUCUGGACAAAUCUUAUUUUGUAUUUCUGGAAGAAUGUAGUAAUCUUCUAGACCGCUUAAAACCAAUGCUCCCAAGCUGAAUAUUCUUGAGAAAUUUGUUUUUAUUAUGCCAUUUGACAUGUCAAAUCAGUGCUCAUAUACAGUAAACUUGUGAUAGAAAUUGUAUUUUAUUGCUUUUUGGAGUAUAAUUCAUAUAAAUAUAAUUACUUGAAUAUUGUUUGAGAUCAUUAACAUGCCAGGGCAGUUCCCACUGAUUUAGAUGGUCCAAGAUAAUCUCAUUCAGGAGGCUUGAAACAUUAAUGGUUUAGUCUUGUGAAUUUUAACAGUUCUCUGUCAUCGUUUAACAAAACCAACAACUGACACAACUCCUUAAGCUGUGGUUUCAGUCUCUGCUAGUUCAUAUUGCAUGUUUAUUUUGGACAGUCUUUUGUUAAGCAUGGUGCUUGUACUGGUUUAAAUAAAAUGUUAACAUUAAAAGA